AUGGCAACUACCAGACCUCAUAGAAUAAUAUCCAGAACUGAAGUUAUUAAUCUUCUAGCAGACGGAAAAGUCAUAGUCAUAUAUAAAGACAAUGUGUUGAAUUUGACAUCAUGGAUUACUCGACAUCCAGGAGGAGACAAGGCAGUGUAUCAUAUGAUUGGAAGAGAUGCGACCGAUGAAAUGAAUGCAUAUCAUGGAGAAGAGACUAUCAAGAUUUUUAACAAUUGGAGAAUAGGAAAAUUAGAUCAAAAGUGGGAAAAUCUACUACCACCAAUUCAAGGUGCAAAGUAUAGAAAAACAGUUUCUAACAAAUCAAAAUCUAAUGAUUUAGAGAAGAAAAUUGAUGUAAAUUAUUCCGAAAGUGCAUCAGACUUGGAAUUAGACUCCAUGACAAGCUCUGCAUCUGAAGAAGAAGAAGGUUAUAUGACCAAAUUCAGUGAAUUACAUAUCGAAAAAGUUGAUAAUAAGAGUGUCAAACCAGUUGUACCGCAAAACAUUCUAGUGAAUCAGCUGAAUAAAGAUGAAAUAUUUCCUGUUGUAAAAUCAAGUUCAGUGAUAGUCAACCCAAAGCGUUUGAUGGAAAAUUACGAUAAUGGACUAUCCCAGAAAGAUUUAUUAUCAAUACCUUCGUUAGACUAUGAAACUCAACAAUUAUUGAGAGACGAAUAUAAUAACUUACACAGAGAAAUCAUUGACGCCGGUUUGUAUCGAUGUAAUUAUUGGGCAUAUGUUAGAGAAGUUGUUAAAAUUGGAUCAUUAUUUUUAUAUUCAUUGUCAUUCCUCAAAUUAAAUUGGUUAUUUCUAAGUGCUUUGUUUAUGGGAAUGGCAUGGCAUCAAGGUACUUUUGUAGCUCACGAUGCUGGACAUGUUUCCUUGAGUCAUAAUUAUCAAAUUGAUAAUAUUUUUGGUAUAAUAAUUGCUGAUUGGUUUGGAGGUUUGAGUUUAGGUUGGUGGAAACGUAAUCAUAAUGUUCAUCAUUUAAUAACUAAUGAUCCUGUACAUGACCCAGACAUUCAACACUUACCUUUCUUUGCAGUAAGUGUUAGAUUAUUUGAUAAUGUCUUUUCAACUUAUUAUGAUAAAACUUUAUGGUUUGAUGCGUUUGCUCAAAAGUUGAUACCUUUCCAACAAUAUCUUUAUUAUCCUAUAUUAUGUUUUGGUAGGUUCAAUUUGUAUAGAUUAUCAUGGGGUCAUAUCAUUUUUGGUGAAGGUCCUAGAAAAGGUUCAGCAGCUUGGUUUAGAUAUUUUGAAUUUGCAGGUUUGAGUUUUUUCUUUUAUUGGUUUUUUUAUUUGUUGGUUUUCAAAAGUAUUGAAGGUGGUUGGAAUAGGAUUAAUUACGUAAUGGUUAGUCAUAUGGCAACAAUGUUGGUGCAUGUUCAAAUUACUUUAUCACAUUUUGCAAUGUCAACUUCUGAUUUGGGUGUUAGUGAAUCAUUUCCAUCAAGACAAAUAAGAACAACAAUGGAUGUCGAUUGUCCUGAAUGGUUUGAUUUUUUUCAUGGUGGAUUACAAUUUCAAGCUAUACAUCAUUUGUUUCCUCGCUUACCACGUCAUAAUCUAAGACAAGCACAACCUUAUGUCAUAAGGUUUUGUGAAAAAGUUGGAUUAUCUUAUUCAAUAUAUGGAUUUGGUGAAGGUAAUGACAUCGUUAUUGGAAAACUAGCAGAUAUUGGUAAACAGUGUUCGAUAUUACUAGAUGCUACUAAAAAGUACGAUGGAGAUUUAUUUUGA